AUGGAGGGUCUUGUACCUUUGGUGUUAAGAGCAAUAAAGAAGAACAGAAAUAGACGCCAAUAUGAGUGUCUUGAUUCUUCAUCUCUAAGCUAUAACAUCACCAUGGCUGAGAUCUACCAUCAUCAUCAUCAUCAUGCACAAAGUCAUGUGGAUCAUCAUCAUCAUCAUCGAAGACAUAAAUCUGUUGAAGAUUUUGGAAACGGGGUUGUUGCUUCUUCUUCAAUAUCAUCACCCCCUCCAAUUCCAAAGCAACAACAACUAAUGAGGCUUAGAAGUCAGAGAAUGUUCUCUUGUAUCCCUGGUUCCUAA